UUCGAAUUUCUUCUUCUCCUUCUUCUACGAUUUUCCUUUCACUUUCUCUCCCUGUCCAUCACUUUCUCCUUCUACAAUUCGCAUUUUCCCACCGAAAGAGACACACACAGAAAACCACAAUGGAGGAAAAGCACACAGCCGCCGAUUCCGCACACAUCGAAUCCAACGGUGUCUCUCACGGCGCCGACCAUGGCUGGCAGAAGGUUACCUACGCAAAGAAGCAGAAGAAGAAGCCCAACAACGCCGCCAACGGCUCCGAUUCCCGCGCUAAUUCCAAACAGCUCCUUCCCAACGGCACCUUGGCCGCCUCCGACGGCGUUUUCCGCUCACUCGAGCUGCAAUCGGAGGACCGUCGCCGCAAAAUUCUCGAGGCGCGCAAGGCGGCCGAUGCCGCAUUCGACGAAGACGACGACGCGCCGCUCAGAUCGAAGCAGCGCCCUCGCGACUACGACGAGGACGAGGACGACGAUAAUGUCGACCGUUCCGCGGAGAACGGGAAAGCGGAGGAGGCUAAGAAGGUGAAGCAGAAGAAGCCGAAGAAGCCUAAGGUGACGCUUGCGGAGGCGGCGGCGAAGAUCGACGCGGCUGAUCUGGGCGCUUUUCUGGUGGAUAUAUCGGCAUCGUUCGAGAAACAGCAGGACAUACAGCUGAUGCGGUUCGCUGAUUAUUUUGGACGUGCUUUUGCUGCGGUGACCGCAUCUCAGUUUCCAUGGGUGAAAUUGUUCCGGGAGUCAACUGUGGCUAAGAUCACUGAUACACCACUUUCUCACAUAUCUGACGCUGUAUAUAAAACAUCAGCCGACUGGAUUAACCAACGUUCUCCCGAGGCACUUAGUUCCUUUUUGCUUUGGUCGUUAGAUAGCAUUAUUGCUGACUUGGGUAGCCAGCAAAGUGGGGCCAAGGGUUCCAAAAAGUCUGUGCAACAAGUGGCUUCUAAAUCUCAGGUUGCAAUGUUCAUUGUUUUAGCAAUGGUAUUGCGUCGGAAGCCUGAUGCUCUUAUAUCUGUAUUGCCCACAUUGAGGGAGAAUACAAAGUAUCAAGGGCAAGAUAAGCUUCCAGUGAUUGUAUGGAUGAUAACUCAGGCUUCUGUAGGAGAUCUCUCAGUAGGUUUGUACGCUUGGGCUCGGAAUCUUCUACCUAUAGUGAUUGGCAAAAGUGGUAAUCCCCAAUCCAGGGAUUUGGUUUUGCAGCUAGUGGAAAAAAUUUUGUCUACCCCAAAAGCCCGGCCUGUUUUAGUAAAUAGUGCUGUGAGAAAAGGGGAACGAUUAAUUCCUCCUUCUGCAUUUGAAAUUUUGAUACGUGUUACUUUCCCUCCAUCAUCAACUAGAGUAAAGGCUACUGAAAGAUUUGAGGCCAUAUAUCCUACUCUUAAAGAGGUGGCUCUUGGAGGUUCUGUUGGAAGUAAAGCAAUGAAACAAGUUUCACUGCAGAUAUUCAGUUUUGCUAUCAAAGCAGCUGGGGAAAACAAUCCUGAGUUAUCAAAAGAAGCAGCUGGUAUUUUUAUAUGGUGUUUGAGUCAAAACAAUGAAUGCUACAAGCAGUGGGAAAAAGUUUAUCAGGACAACAUUGAAGCAAGUGUUUCUGUUCUGAAGAAGCUUUCUGAUGAUUGGAAGGAGCUAUCAACAAAAUUGUCUCCUCACGAGCCACUGAGGGAUGCCAUAAAUAACUUUAAGCAAAAGAAUGAGAAAGUAUUGGCUGCUGAGACUGAUGCUGCUCAUCAUGCACACUUCAAGGAUGCCGAUAAAUAUUGUAAGAUAAUCUUAGGAAGAGUUUCGCGAAGCCAUGGGCGCACUUGUUUAACCAUUACAGUUCUUGCUUUGGCUGUGGGUGCUGCUGUUUUUUUGUCCCCCAAUAUGGAAUCUCUGGAUUUUAAGAAGCUUUCCGAAGUUUUCAACAUUCAGCAGUGAGUACUCCGCAUUAUUGGCAGUUGGUUGCUUCAAACAGCAAUUUUCGUUUCAGCCCAUCUCGUUCACAAUGGGUACAGUAAACCAAUAGCCUCAUAAUAAAGUGCUUAAUGCGAAGAUUGUACACUUAGUUCAAAUCCUGUCCGGAUGACACAGAAUAGUUGAGGUCAACAAUGCUUUGAGGUUUACUUUAGUUUGACCAUUUUAUAAUUUAUUUUUGUUCUUGUUUCUGUUGAGUCUUAAUUUUAGUUAUCUUAUGCCUUUACAUUAACUAUGCUGGCAAAAUGCCAAUGAGGUAACAACAGCUGUAUUCUGAAGUUAAUUUAGUUUAAUCAAAGGAAUUUUGGUGGUACAUUGCGAAA